UUUUUUUUUUGUGAUGGUGUGGUGUUUUCUCGUUUUUAUUCUUUUAUUCUCUUUCCCUUUUUCUCAAAUUUGUCUUGAUUCCUUUUGAAUCAUGUCUGCUGAUAAUUUCAAGACAAACAUCUAUGAAUAUCUUGAAACAUUACCAAAGUAUACCUUUUUACGACUUUUUCAAAAGCCUGCAACAUGUUUAGCUAUCUUUAGACUUUUGCCAGCAAUAGGACGCCAAAUAGUCAUGUCAUUACUUUACGUGGAAACGCCAAUAUCAACACAAGAUCUACAAUAUUGGGUGAAUAGAGAAGGACAAAGAAAACUCAAAGAAGCAUUAUUGAAAUUAUCAAGGUUACGUAUAUUGGAACAAAAUGACAAUCUGUUGAUUAUGAACGAAACCUUUCGACUAGAAUUUACCAAUGCAUUGACUGGAGGUGGGACACAACAAUCGUUUGGUCUACCAUGUGCAACACCUGAUAAACAUAGUGUAGAUAUUGGGUUCCUGGAUCAAUAUGCAACACAACAAUGGGAAGCGAUUUUACAUUAUAUGGUUGGAACCUCUUUGACAAAGAAGCCAAGUGGUGGAGUAUUGAACCUUUUGGAACGUAGUAAACUUAUGCAAAUCAGUGCGACAGAUUCUCAUUUACAGAUCACAAACAAGGGUUUCCAAUUCUUACUUCAAGAUGUGAAUACACAAGUUUGGGCUUUUUUAUUACAAUAUCUAGACAUGGCAGAAGUUUUACAAAUGGAUCUUGUAGAAGUGUUGAACUUUUUAUUUCAACUUGGAUCAUCGGAAUUGGGUGAAAAUUAUUCUGUUGAACCUCUUACUCAAACACAGCAACAAAUGUUGGAAGAUCUACGGGAUUAUGGUAUUGUGUAUCAACGAAAGCGUGGAUCUCGACGGUACUAUCCAACACGUUUAGCAACUACUCUCACAUCAGGAAAUGCUGCGGUUGCUGGAUCCAACAAAGCCGUGCAACACAAGGAUCAUGGUUCACAAGCUGUUGGUGCUGUUGGGAAACUCGAUACAGAAGAGGAAGAAGAGCAAGGAUUUGUCAUUUUGGAAACAAACUAUCGUGUUUACGCAUAUACAGAUUCUCCUCUUCAGAUUGCAGUAUUGAAUCUCUUUGUACAAUUACAAUCUCGAUUUGGAAAUAUGGUCGCUGGUGUUAUCACAAGGGAAAGUGUUCGGAAUGCAUUGAUCAAAGGAAUCACAGCAGAUCAGAUUAUAUCCUACUUACAAUCUCAUGCUCAUCCACAAAUGCGAAAAAGAAUUCCGAUUUUACCUUUGACAGUAGUAGAUCAAAUACGAUUAUGGGAAAUGGAAAGAAAUAGAUUGAAAGCAUCACCAGCAUACUUAUACCAUGAAUUCAAUGUGCAAAACGACUUUGAUGCUGCUGAAAGACAUGCAAGAGAUAUUGGUGUUCUAUUAUGGUCAAAUCCCAAGAAACGAUCUAUGGUGAUUACACAAGCAGGACAUGAAAGUGUGAAAGGAUACGUCAAAAGGAGACUUCAAUCAAAUAGCAACCGAUAAUGAUUUUGUUGGAUUUAGUUUAGCAUCAUGUUAUUUUGUUAGAACGAUCAAUAAAAAGAAAAUGUACAUACAAUUU